AGUCAGAUGGCGCUAAAAUGGCACAAAGUGAACGAUAAUUCGUCUUCCGAUCUUUUCUUCUUACCUUCUUACCUCGAUAGCAAGUAUAAUGUCUUACGGAUCCAUAAACGAGAGAGAAGGUUCUACGAGAGAACACGAUGUCGACGCCCGACCACCGCAAGCUGGAGGCGAUGAAGUUGAAAGCAAUGCCGCCAGCCUUCUUGGCGGUGAACAGGUCGAUGAUUCUAUAAGUCCAAAAUAUGAAGAGCAUCGAACUGUUUGGCAGGAAUUAAAAACGUUUUAUGAAAGAAACAUCGGACUCUUCUUCGUAUUCCUGGCUCAGGUGUUUGCAUCUCUCAUGGCAAUGGCCACUCGCCUGCUUGAGACGGGUUUCGAGAAAAAGUUCCACGCCUUGCAGAUUAUCUUCGUACGCAUGUUUGCAACCGCCGUGCUGGGUUCUUUAUAUAUGUGGUAUAAGAAAGUUCCCGAUUUUCCGCUCGGGCGUCGAGAUAUCAGGGGACUUUUAAUUUUACGAGGCCUCGCCGGCUUCACCGGCCUUUUUUGCUUGUAUUCCGAUUCCACUGUCAUUACUUUCCUCGUCCCAACAACAACAGCUAUCGAGCCGUUCACGGUGAAAGAAGCCAUAGCUGGCUGCAUCGCUUUCGCUGGUGUACUCUUCAUAGCUAGACCCGCGUUUCUCUUUCCUCACCACAACGAGAAUGAGUCCGACGAUGGUAGCUCGCAACUAUUCAUGGCAGACCAACCUAAAGGAAUGGUUCCCGAGGUGCCCGCAACGCCGGCUCAACGUUCGCUUGCUGUUAUCCUGGCUGUCGUUGGCACGUUCGGUGCAGCCUCUGCAUAUUCCAUUAUUCGAAUUAUUGGAAAGCGCGCGCACUCACUCAUAAGCGUGAACUAUUUCGCUAGUCUUGCGACGGUCGUCUCGUUCGUUGUUAUCAUGGCCCUUCCGGAUUUACAUUUCGAAAUUCCCGAGAAUGCUGCUCAAUGGUCUUUAUUAGUAUCGAUCGGUAUCGCCGGGUUCCUUCUACAAUUCCUCCUCACCGAAGGGUUACAAAGAGAGAAAGCCGGGAGAGCCACCAAUCUCAUCUAUACACAAAUGGUCUUUGCGCUGAUUAUCGAGCGAGUUGUCUGGGGAACAACACCUCCUAUUGAAAGCCUCUUCGGCAGUGCCCUGAUUAUCGGAUCUGCAAUAUGGGUUAGCUUACAGAAGAACAAGCCCCCGACGGAAAAGAAAAACCUCGCAGAUGAAGAGCAAAGUCUUUUGGGGGCUGAUGCUCCUACGGAGGUGCGCGGAGAAUGA